AUGACUCUCCAAUGGACGAUUGUGGCCGGUGUGCUUUACGCCGAAAUCGCCGCCACCUUCAUCCUUCUCCUUCCGUGGAUCAGACCAUCUCUGUAAGUUCUCGAACUUUUUAGAAUUUCGCAUUCAUAUCAACUCUGCAGGUGGAGCAAGCUCUUCAAGAGUCGCCUGUUCACGGCGCUUUCGAAACAUGCUCAGAUCUAUUCGAUGGCGUUCGGAUUCGUUCUUUUUAUCCUCUUCGCCGACGGAGUCCGUGAGACGAUGAAGUACAACGGUCUGGAGGACAAGAUGCAGCGUACCGCCGAAUCGGACGCCACCCAUCACAUGCGCCUUUUCCGUGCCCAGAGAAACCUCUACAUCUCCGGAUUCGCCCUCCUUCUCUUCAUGGUCAUCCAGCGCAUCAUGGCUCUGUUGGGCCGCGCCGCUCAACUCGAGGCCGCCGGAGAAGCCGCGAUGCGUCAGGCCGAGUCCGCCACCAAGACCGCCAAGACCCUCAUGAACGCUGUAAGUUGAGAUCGUGUAAUAUUUUCUUUCAAUUUUCAAUUUCAGACCGAGACCAGCGGCGAGGUGUCCGACCUGGGCAAGCAAAUCGAGAAGCUGAAGUCCGAGCUGAAGUCGGCCACCACUGACCGUGACACUCUCAAGAAGCAAUCAGAAGGCCUUCAGAGAGAAUUCGACCGCGUCUCGGACCUUCUCGCCGCCAAGGGAGACUCGAAGGGAGACAAGAAGAAGGACUAA